GGAUUCAAAGCUGACGACGCUCUCUUUCAUUUCUCUCCCGAUUCAAAGGCGAUUCUUUCUCUCUCAAGAGCCGCCCUUCGAUCCUUCACUUUCUUGCAAAUCUUUUUCAACUAGAUUUCUCUUUCCCGAUAAUUAACACUAGUGUGUUGUAAUCAAUCUAAGUCUUAAGGUUUUCACAUCUCUCUCUCUCUCUCUGAGAUUCGUGAAUUGAAUUCGGAUUUACGGAUCUCAAGUGACUGAAAAUGGACAAUGGAGAGAUUGAAGGAUCCGACGACAAUGAGUUACCAUCGUCUCAGGGACGAGGACGCAAGUACAGGCCAGUGGUUGCUCACGACGAUGAUCGUGCUGUUCUGGAGAUGACUUCUAUCGAUCUUGGAUCUUCUUCUGCUCCUCCAUUUCCUGCUUCUGGAAAUAACAUCAAGAAAAUUAAAGUAAGUACUCAGCCUAGCAUGGGUGUUGAUGAAAGUCAUGGGAUAAUACCAACUCAUGUAUCUCUUAAUGUCCCUGAGAGAGAAUCCAAAUUGGAGUUGUUCGGGUUUGAUUCUCUCGUGAAUAUAUUAGGCCUGAAAAGUAUGACAGGGGAGCAGAUACCAACACCUUCUAGCCCUAGAGAUGGGGACGAUGUUUCUGCAACUCUUGGGCAUCCUAAGACAACUGGUAUGAAACUUGGGACAAUGAUGGGAGUGUUUGUGCCAUGCUUGCAGAAUAUUUUGGGGAUUAUCUAUUACAUUAGAUUUUCCUGGAUCAUUGGCAUGGGUGGAAUAGGACAGUCACUAUUAUUAGUCAUGUUCUGCGGUUCGUGUACCUUUCUGACAUCAAUAUCUUUGAGUGCUAUUGCCACUAAUGGUGCAAUGAAGGGAGGGGGGCCUUAUUACUUGAUUGGUCGAGCUUUGGGUCCAGAAGUUGGUGUCAGCAUUGGACUGUGUUUCUUCCUUGGGAAUGCUAUUGCUGGUGCUCUCUAUGUGUUGGGAGCUGUAGAGACUUUUCUAAAGGCUGUACCUGCAGCUGGCCUUUUCAGAGAGACUGUCACAAGAUUAAAUGGCACAGAUAUUGCACAACCGAUCUCAAGUCCAAGCUUGCAUGACUUACAAAUUUAUGGAAUUAUUGUGACCAUCAUUCUGUGCUUUAUUGUCUUUGGUGGUGUCAAGAUGAUCAAUCGUGUUGCUCCUGCUUUCCUAAUACCUGUUCUAUUGUCUAUCUUCUGUAUCUUUAUUGGGAUUGUUUCAUCAGGGAAGGAUCGUCCAGCUCCUGGAUUCACGGGCUUGAGUUUGCACACUUUCAAGGAUAAUUGGAGUUCGAACUACCAAUUUACGAAUGAAGCUGGAAUUCCAGAUCCUAAUGGCAAAAUGUAUUGGAGUUUCAAUGCGCUGGUUGGCCUUUUUUUCCCUGCUGUAACGGGUAUUAUGGCUGGCUCAAAUCGGUCUGCAUCUCUGAAAGAUACUCAACGAUCCAUUCCUAUUGGAACUCUGGCUGCAACUCUUGUAACUUCUGGCCUAUAUUUUGUUUCUGUGGUAUUUUUCGGUGCACUUGCAACUAGAGAGAAGCUUUUGACAGACAGGCUCUUAACAGCCUCAGUUGCAUGGCCUUUUCCAGUAAUUGUUCAGAUUGGUAUAAUUCUUUCAACACUGGGUGCAGCACUUCAGAGCUUAACUGGUGCACCACGUCUUCUAGCAGCAAUAGCUAAUGAUGAUAUCCUACCUGUUCUUAAUUACUUCAAGGUUGCAGAUGGGCAAGAACCUCAUUUUGCUACUCUUUUUACUGCCUUCAUCUGUGCUGGAUGUGUCGUUAUUGGGAAUCUGGAUCUUAUCACUCCAACCAUCACUAUGUUCUUCCUCCUAUGUUAUACUGGUGUGAACUUGUCUUGCUUUCUUCUCGAUCUUUUAGAUGCUCCCAGCUGGCGUCCACGCUGGAAAUUUCAUCACUGGAGCCUCUCCCUUCUUGGAGCAUCUCUUUGCAUAGUUAUUAUGUUUCUGAUCUCUUGGUCCUUUACUGUGGUGUCCCUAGCCUUGGCUAGUCUCAUAUAUUACUACGUUAGCAUUAAGGGAAAGGCUGGCGACUGGGGAGAUGGUUUGAAGAGCGCAUACUUUCAAUUAGCACUUCGUAGUCUUCGAUCUUUAGGAGCAAACCAAGUCCAUCCUAAGAACUGGUAUCCUAUUCCUCUGGUUUUCUGCCGGCCAUGGGGCAAGCUGCCAGAGAAUGUACCUUGCCAUCCAAAACUUGCAGAUUUUGCCAACUACAUGAAGAAGAAGGGCAGAGGAAUGUCGAUUUUCGUGUCGAUUCUCGACGGAGACUAUCUUGAAUGUGCGGAAGAUGCGAAAGUUUUACGAGAGCAACUGAGCAGCUACAUAGACUACAAACAAUGCGAAGGGGUUGCAGAAAUUGUGGUGGCCCCAACAAUGUCAGAAGGGUUCCGCAGUGUGGUUCAGGUAAUGGGGCUGGGAAAUCUGAAACCCAACAUUGUGGUGAUGAGAUACCCAGAAAUAUGGAGGAGGGAAAACCUAACGGAGAUUCCUGCAACAUUUGUGAGCAUAAUCAAUGACUGCAUCGUGGCGAAUAAGGCAGUUGUGGUUAUAAAAGGUCUUGAUGAGUGGCCUAAUGAAUAUCAGAGGCAGUUUGGGAGCAUAGACUUGUAUUGGAUUGUAAGAGAUGGAGGACUGAUGCUACUCCUUUCCCAGCUUUUACUAACAAAGGAGAGCUUCGAGAGCUGUAAAAUACAGGUUUUCUGCAUCGCGGAAGAGGACUCUGACGCUGAAGAACUGAAAGCAGACGUGAAGAAGUUCUUGUACGAUCUGAGGAUGCAUGCAGAGGUGAUAGUUAUAUCGAUGAAGUCGUGGGAUGUUCAGGGGGAAGGGGAGAAAGCGUUUACAGGGGCACAAGAAAGGAUAUUAGGCUACUUGAGGGGGAUGAGAGAAAGAGCUGAAAGAGAAGGUAGUUCAGUAUUAAUGGCAGAUGGAAAGGCUGUGGUUGUGAACGAGCAGCAGGUGGAGAAGUUUCUAUACACUACUUUGAAACUGAACUCGACCAUCCUUAGAUACUCGAGAAUGGCAGCUGUUGUGCUCGUUAGUUUGCCGCCACCUCCUAGGAACCAUCCUGCAGCUUUUUAUAUGGAGUACAUGGAUUUGUUGGUCGAAAAUGUUCCUAGGCUUUUGAUUGUAAGAGGAUACCAAAGAGAUGUUGUCACCUUGUUCACAUAGGAACUAGGAAGAAAAAACAAAAUUUAAAUACCCGUACGUACGUAUUUUCUAUAUUUGUUUUUUUUGUAGCUAAUAAUUAAUUAAUGUUUGAUUCAUUCU